AUGGCGCGAACGAAGCGUGUAAACAAGAAAGAAAACGCCAAAACACAGCAACAGAACAAGGCUAAAAACAAGAGCAAAUACUUCAAUAAGACGCAAAGCAAUUAUGCUAAACGCACUGUCAAAUAUAUUAACGAGCAAGCACAAUCGGAAAGCGGUAAAGACGAAAAAAACGUGCCGAAAUUGGCGUCAUUGUCUUCCUCGAAUGGGUCGAUUGCGAGUUUUAAUCCUCAAGUAUUUGGAAAGAGAUUAACUCGUGAUUUCUUUGAUACUCCGACGGAAACUUUAGCGGUUGCAUUACUUGGGAAGGUUUUGUGUAGAAAAACGGAACAGGGGGAGAUCCUUUAUGGAAAAAUAAUCGAAACUGAAGCCUAUUUGGGCGAAAUAGACCCCGCAUGUCAUGCAUACGGGGGGAAACAGACGGCUAGAACUGCACCGAUGUACGCUCCCCCCGGGACUGCAUAUGUGUAUUUUAUUUAUGGCAUGUAUCAUUGUUUUAACAUCUCGAGUAAGGAAGCUGGCGCAUGUGUAUUGAUCCGAGCAUUGGAACCUCUCAUAG